AUGCGUUUCGAUGACUCAGAAGGACAAGGGGUGCUGCAGGAGGCCGGCGGCUCCAUAAACGAGCCCUGUGUGAUCUCCAGCCCUUUGACCACACAUGAGAAACACAAAGGCUCAUCAGGACACGACGACGGCCUGCCAGGGCUCUCCUCCACUGCUUCAGUCAUGGCCCAUGUCGGCUGGGACUGUGGGGUCCAGUCCUCAGUAGCUGGGUUCGCGGUGUAUGCUGGCUGGUGUCCCAGGAUGGCGUCGAGCUGA